GAGCCGAGAAACGAGAGCAACUUGUCUUUGUAGAGAGACCGUAAUGCGGUGCAGGAUGACAGCAUCCCAUUGCUGUUAUUAGCCUUCAGAAUCUCAAUGAACUGUUUUCGGCAGAAGCGCUGAUCCAGCCUGCAUUUUUUUUCUUUUUGCAAGGCAGAAUUAUCAGUCAGUGUUUCGCGAUCGCAUUUAUUUUACUUCAUACAUUUUUCAUAGUUUUAUUACUAUUUUGUAUUCGUUAUUGUUUUCCCCCCCCCACAAACCAUGGUGCUAGGGAAGGUGAAAAGCUUCACAGUAAGUUAUGACUGUCUUAAUGACAGCAACGUCCCCGUCUUUUCCAGCGGGGACUCGGUCUCAGGAAGGGUAAUACUCGAAGUCACUGGAGAAAUCCGUGUAAAAUCGCUUAAAAUCCACGCGAAGGGACUAGCGAAAGUUCGCUGGACUGAAUCACGAAAUGCUGGAUCCAACACUGCCUAUACUCAGAAUUACACGGAAGAAGUGGAAUACUUAAACCAUAGACACAUCUUAAUUGGACAUGAACGAGAUGAAGAUAACUUUGAAGAAUGUCUCACCACUAUCCAAUCAGGAAGACACGAGUAUGCAUUUAGUUUUGAACUUCCACAAACACCACUGGCUACCUCCUUUGAAGGCAAACACGGUAAUGUGCGAUACUGGGUCAAAGCGGAGCUGCACAGGCCGUGGUUCCUGCCCAUGAAAGUGAAGAAGGAAUUCACCGUCUUCGAACACAUCGACAUCAACACUCCUUUACUUUUGGCACCCCAGGCAGGUACCAAAGACAAGACUCUUUGUUGCUGGUUUUGUACCUCAGGCCCCAUUUCCCUAAGUGCCAAAAUUGAAAGAAAGGGCUACACCCCAGGAGAGACCAUCCAGAUCUUUGCUGAGAUCGAGAACUGCUCAUCCCGCAUAGUCGUACCAAAAGCGGCACUGUACCAGACGCAGACCUUCUUCGCUAAAGGGAAGAUGAAGGAGGUCAAGCAGCUGGUUGCCAACUUGCGUGGGGAGUCACUGUCCUCGGGGAAGACCGAGACAUGGAACGGGAAGAUGUUGAAGAUCCCUCCCGUGUCCCCCUCCAUCCUGGACUGCAGCAUCAUCAGAGUCGAGUACUCACUGAUGGUGUAUGUGGACAUCCCAGGUGCUAUGAACCUGUCCCUCAACCUUCCGCUGGUGAUUGGCACCAUCCCCUUGCACCCGUUCGGCAGUCGGACCUCCUCUGUAAGCAGCCAGUGCAGCAUGACCGUGAGCUGGCUGAGUCUGCCAGACCGACCUGAAGCACCGCCAAGCUAUUCAGAGAUCAUCUCCGAGGAGCACCAGCACAACCGGCUGGAGCUGCCCACGGUACGGGACGAGUUUGAAGGACCACUGUUAGCCUACAUCCAGGAAUUCAGAUACCUGCCUCCCCCACUCUACUCUGAGAUCGACCCGAAUCCAGAGCGAGUGAGAGGGACCGAGGAGCGGAGGCCCGGCACCUGCCCGUCGCGCUGAACGAACCAAGUCACCCGCUCAGAGCAGCCGGGGGUCUCGUUUUCAUUAGGUUUCGUUUUUUGUUUUUUUUCCCCCCACAGCAGCAUGUUUCAGUGUUGCUGUAGAAAAGCGAAAAACAAACAAAAUAAAAACAGAAGGCAAUUGGGGGAACGCCCCCCUCUCUCGGCGAGGUCCACGGGAUGGCACAGGCUGAUCUUCGGAAAUGUCCGUCGGGUUUUCGCCGGGUCGUGUGAGAUCCACCUCAGACGUCCGACAGGGGAGGGUGCCAGAAUUGCCUGCAGAACUGCUUUUUCUCCCGCUCUCGUUAUUUUGUCCCUGUUCCUUGUUUCUGUAACCGUGGCACAUACGUGACUCUGUAGCAGAGCAGAACAUCGGCGCAGAGAACCAAGCAGGAAAAAGACAAAAAAAUACAGUAACGUAGGAGAAGAUACUAGAAACGUCAGCAACUGUUUGCAGGCGUUGGUAAUUGGAGGAAGGAAGCUCGUUUUUGUACGAAUGACCCAUGACUUUGGUCUGUGUGGUUUCAUUUCCAGAUCACUACUGUUUCUUGUUUUUUGUAAUCAUCCUGAAGGUUGUACUUCAAGAGUGUUUAUCUACAUAAAUUCGAGCAAUGCAGUGAAUGGAAAACACUUAUUUUUUAACGUCGUUGUCAAGUCGUCUUGACAAUAUGUAGCCUGUAUUCACUACAUAGCAUGUUUUAACAUUACUCAGGCCUGUCCGCUUACACACUCGUGGCUUCUCUUCGUUAUUACUGUUAUCGUUAUUUUUUAAUUUCCGCUCUAAAUGUCAGUUGCCUUGGAGCCAACCACUGUUCGCGUCGUCAUUCACUGUCCGCAGAGCGACGUGCGUGGGAACGCGUUGGGGAUGGGUGGGCCGGAGAGCAAGCCACGGUGGGCACCUGCAACCACGGGAUAGAUGGUGGGGAGACGGAGAGGGAUAGCAUCAUGCUAACAGCUGCUUGAAAACUCCCUCAAACUCAGGUGGUCUCACUUGCCAAAUAGAUUGGUGAAAGAAAACCCCCAUAGCUAGCAAAUCUCCUUCCAAUUGCACUGUUAGACGUUUCUGAUUAAAAGAAGCAAGAUAGAAACAGAAACGUGCACAGCGACAUUCCCUUUUAUCUUGCCUUUUAUUUGGUUUUAAUCAAUUUUUAUUUUCUCAGUGAACACAAACAAAAAUUACUAAAUGGCAGCCAGGAGAGACUCCCAGGUUUGUUGCUAUGUUGUGAUUUAGCCUAAAUAGAGCAUUGCUAAUUACUGACUAGGUGGACAUGGUUUUUAAACAGCCUUAAUACUACAGCUGAGUGAUGGUCUGGGCAAGUGAUGCUAUUCAGUAAUUACACAAGGUUAAAAAGACUUGUACUCCUCAAAUAACCUUUCGGAAGCAUAUAUGAAUGUGUUCGUCAAGAGUUUGUCAUGAGUUAAUGCAGAUUUGUGCAUUCAUGCAUGUGCGUCACAAAGAACUAGCGAAACCGGUAUGCUUUUUAACAACACCGACAGAUAGACUUUGAAAAGGUAAAAAAUGAUCAUAGUUGCCUUGACUGUUUCACCGUCUUCGCGAUGUGUUUCAUAUCAUCGUCACCAUCAGUCUGAGUUCAUGUUGCUCCGAGUGUUUUAGGUGAGAUCUGAAGGGGAAUUUGACCCAUUGGUGGCCAAAUUCAACAGUUGACCUUCCCCCACCAAAAAAAAAAAAAAAAAAACGUUGUCCAAUGUAUCAUAGGGCAUUAAGCUACAUUGAAUAAAAAAAGAUAAAGUUUCUUUUUCUUCCGUGUGUAGAUGUAGGGAAGAAUGGCUUCUGUGUACACAGAAGUUGUGGGAAAAUGGAAGUGACAGUAAGCAAAAAUGAAUGACACUAGAGUACCACGUUUCAUUUGAGUUGAUAUGCUUUGACUGAAUAUCUUAAGAUGUUCAUUUUGUAUUGAGAAAUGUGUUUAAUUUAUACUGCUCUGUUACAUUGUUUGUAACACAGGCUCAUAUUAUGACCCAGUGUCAAAUUGACUUCCUGAUUUGAAUGUUAGGAACUAAAAUAUUUUAAAUGGGUUAGGGGAUCUGAAAGGUUUUAGAAACAAAAGUGCAAUAUAUUUUUUUGUUUAUUAAAAAUGAUUUGCUAUUUGUACUGUAUCUCCUUUUUGGUGUAUUGUAUUUUUUAGUUCAAUGUUGUCCACAAGUUAUGUCCAAGACAUUCAUAUUAUGAAUGAUUUUAAUUUUUUGUCUAGUUUUUAAUUUGGUUCUUGUGUAAGACAAUAAAUAUCUGUUUUGUUAUAA